CAAUUUCCAAGUUCCAACUAAACUUCCCAAAAAAAACAUAUCAUUGCAUUUUUACUUCAACUCCAUUCCUCUAUUCCUCGGCACCUCUUACAUUUUACGGACUAAUAAAACUAUUAUUGCAACAAAAAUAUGAAAACUAGCGUACAUAAAAUACCUCCCUCCAAUUACAGCUAAUAACUUUCAGCUUGUACAGUCCACUGCCAGUUCACAGAAAAACCCAGCACGUCAUAACCCAGCACGUCCCUUGAUCGAUUACAUAUCAAGAACUCAAACCUACGACCAGCUCGAAAACCCCAAUUGGGAUUAGUGUUUUUUCUUUUAAUUGCUUGUUUGCGCCUCCCUUUUCGCGUUUAAAGGGUUUGAUCUGAGAAGAUUAGCUGUGUAUUUAAUGGAGGGAGGUGAAGAAAGCCCAGUGAGGGUGGAGGGCAUGAGAAUGAGGAUGCGGGCCGAUCGGGCCUUCAGCUUGGAGCCCGAUGUGGCAGUUUCGUCGCCGGUGACCCGGCAGAAAUCCGCCGCCGCUAAACAGUUCAUUGAGAACCAUUACAAGAAUUACUUGCAAGGGUUGCAAGAUCGAAAAGAAAGGAGGAGUGCUUUGCAGAGAAGGGCACAUGAGGAUAAAGUGUCUAGCGAGGAGAAAGAAAGAAUGCUAAGGAAUUUAGAGAAAAGGGAAACUGAGUAUAUGAGAUUGCAGAGGCAUAAAGUGGGGAUUGAUGACUUUGAGCAGUUGACCAUCAUUGGUAAAGGAGCAUUUGGGGAGGUCAGAUUAUGCCGCGCUGAAAAUACAGGAGAAAUAUAUGCCAUGAAGAAAUUGAAAAAGUCAGAGAUGCUUAGCCGAGGACAGGUUGAGCAUGUCCGUUCGGAAAGGAACUUGCUUGUGGAGGUAGAUAGUCGGUGCAUAGUGAAGCUUUUUUACUCCUUUCAAGAUUCCGACUUUUUAUAUCUCAUUAUGGAGUAUUUACCUGGUGGUGAUAUUAUGACUCUUUUAAUGAGAGAAGACACUCUCUCGGAGGACGUUGCCCGCUUUUACAUUGCAGAGAGCAUUCUUGCCAUUAAUUCCAUUCAUCAGCAUAGUUAUGUACAUAGGGAUAUCAAGCCAGAUAAUCUGAUUUUAGACCGUAAUGGACAUCUGAAGCUUUCUGAUUUUGGUUUGUGUAAGCCACUGGAAAAAUAUUCGUCCAUGUUACUUGAAGAUGAUGAUUUUAUUGCUCGGGAUUGUAAAAACAAGGGCGAAGGGCAUUCGGCCACAGAGACUGCUCCUUGGUUAAUGGCCAAGGAACAAUUACAGCAGUGGAAAAGGAAUCGUCGAGCCCUGGCAUAUUCUACAGUGGGGACUCUUGAUUAUAUGGCGCCAGAGGUUUUGGUAAAGAAAGGUUAUGGAAUGGAGUGUGAUUGGUGGUCUUUGGGGGCAAUAUUGUAUGAGAUGCUUAUCGGUUAUCCUCCAUUUUGUUCUGAUGAUCCUAGGAUGACAUGUCGCAAGAUAAUAAAUUGGAGAACAUGCUUGAAGUUCCCUGAAGAACCAAAAAUAUCCGAUGAGGCUAAGGAUCUGAUCUGUCAUUUGUUAUGUGAUGUUGACAAAAGAUUGGGGACGAAAGGUGUUGAAGAAAUUAAGGGACAUCCGUGGUUUAGAGGCACCAAAUGGGACAUGCUUUAUGAAAUGGAGGCUGCGUACAAACCUAUUGUGAACGGAGAUUUGGACACACAGAAUUUUGAAAAUUUUGAUGAGGUAGAAAAGCCACCAUCUAACACGCCAAGAGUAGGACCUUGGAGGAAGCGGUCUCGAGCGAAUGAAAGGAGCCCCACCAAGUGGACGGAUGAAAAACACAGCCGUUAUCUGGAAUCUAUGGAGGCUACAUUUGUCAACCAGCUCAACAAAUCUUUAAACUUUUUCGGUCGGCACUCGAACAAAAGCUGCCAGUCGGGGUCGAAAUCGUCCAAGCACAGGCAUGGCAACUUUCAUGCUCCUUCCAGCCAGUUUACGGUUCGUCGUGAUGGUCGCUGGCCGAAAAUUGAUUUCAGCAAUGCAGAGGUGAUAGGUCAGAACUUCAACGAGGAAGGUCUUGAGGACCAAGCUAGCAGGGUGCACGAAAUCAGGAGAACGAGAACAUCGUCCAGCAAUGAUCAAGUUGUCCCUUCUGAGAAGAUCGGUUAAGCAGGCUAUUUAACCGUAGACGAUUCACGUUCUGAAGAUUAGAACUAUACUAUGCAGGAUUAAAUUGACAUUUGUUUUUGCCUUUUGGUCUAAAAAUGCUUGGGAGCCACAUGAAUAAAUUCCAGAGUAUGAUUGGUCCUUAGAGAUAAUUGUGUGAUCAGCUAAAGCAUAAGUUGUACUCACAAUGGGGCUUCAGCGGGAAUUAUGUGGUGAUUAAUAUGAGAAAAAAAACUUGUGCUAGAAUUCAAGAAUUGAUGGGCUUGGCUGGAUUUUUUUUUUUUAUUAUUAUUUUUUUUCAUUCUAGCUGUGACUUCUGGUCAUUUGCCUUCCUUAGAGGUUGAUGUUGCCCAGCUGUAAUAAUUGUAGAAUAUUAUGAUAAUCAUUGAUUUGGUGAUUUGAGAAAUG